UCCCCUUCUCCAACCCACUGUCUCCCCACUUUCCUCUUGUCUCUCUGACGGUCGUCUAGUGUUCUUAGUUUCAUUUCGAUCUCAUAGUCAUAGGGCUUUCCCGUAUCUCGUCGAUCGCCGAUGGCUGUUGACCUGAUGGGCUACGCGAAGAUGGACGACAAGAUCGCGAUCCAGGAGGCGGCUUCCGCUGGGCUCGGGAGCUUGGAGCACCUGGUCUUCCAGCUCUCCCACCAGAAAUCGCCGUCCGACUGCAGGGAGAUCGCCGAUCAGACGGUCUCCAAGUUCAAGAAGUUCAUCUCGAUUCUCAACCGGACCGGCCACGCCCGCUUCCGCAGAGGGCCGCCUCCGACGGCGCAGCCCCUGACUUUCUCCCCGGCGGCGCCGCCGCAGGCGAAGCAGCCACAGCCGCCCCCUCCGCCUCCGCCGGCCCCCCAGGCCCUAACCCUGGACUUCACCAAGCCCAACCCGACCCCGUGCACCGGGAUAGCCGCCGUCCAGUACUCAAAGGAGAACUUCAGCAUCUCGGGCCAGCUCUCGUCGGCGAGCUCCUCCUUUCUCUCGUCGAUCACCGGCGACGGAAGCGUCUCCAACGGCAAGCAGGUUUCGUCCGUCCUCCCUCCGGUCGCCCCCGCGGCCUCCGCCGGCAAGCCGCCGCUCUCGUCCUCCUACAAGAAGUGCCACGGCCACGCGCAUUCUGAGGUGGCUACCGGAAAGUACGCUGCCUCCGGCGUUCGCUGCCACUGCUCCAAGAGAAGGAAAUCUCGGGUAAAGAGGACGAUACGAGUGCCAGCGAUAAGCUCGAGGAUGGCGGAUAUCCCACAGGACGAAUACUCGUGGCGGAAGUACGGACAGAAGCCGAUCAAGGGUUCUCCUUAUCCCAGGGGAUAUUACAAGUGCAGCAGCGUGAGGGGGUGUCCGGCGAGGAAGCAUGUGGAGAGGGCGUCGGACGACCCUUCGAUGCUGAUCGUAACGUAUGAGGGAGAGCAUCGGCACACCCAGAACCCUGUUCCGCUGUCCGAUCGUAAGCUCAUGGUGGAGUCUUCUUGAGAUGGGAGGAAUGCCGAGAUGCGUGAUCAAGACCGUCCAUCUCGUUUUCCCGUCAAUGUGAUGUCGCCCUGUGUGUCUUUUUUUUGUUUUCCUUUAAAUGUCUCUGUUUUUAUGAUUUUGUAAAAAAUUUUGAGGAGAUAAAGAAAUUUUUAGGAUUGGAAAUUCGAGUAUUUGCGCCAGAGGUCGGUUGGGAACGGGGCCGUGGGAUUGAAGUCCAUAUGCUUUUUUGAGACUUUUCCGUGCUGCGAUUGAAGCGGAUUUAAAGCCUAGCAAUUUGGAGUCCGGUGUCGUGGGUUCCAAAAAAAAGACGUGGUCUACGGGACCGACCGUAACGUUGCGUAGCAGUCAAAAGAUGGGUGGCGGUGGGGCCCCCUGUCCAGCUAAUCCUGCCUGCCUUCUGUUGACCAAUGUCUCGCUUAUCUUCCUCUGUCUUGACUUUUAUGCCGCAUCGGAGCGUUGGUGGGGCGAAGUCAUAGUUGGAUGUUAAAUUUAGACCGGCAAUUGAUGGACGCGUUAGGGGUGGAGUCCUUUCGGCCAAAAUUAGUAUAUCCAAUCCGCAUUUGUUUGGAAAAAUGGAAUCUAAUUAGGUGAACAUUUGCAAUGACACGGCUCCGUUGUCAAUUAUGCUAGCUUGAAGCAAAAUUAUUUGUUAGACU